AUGACCUCCGAGGCAACAAAGACGAGAGGCCAGAGCAUCCUGCUCAUUCACGGCCCAAAUCUCAACCUGCUAGGCACACGAGAGCCUGAGAAGUACGGCAAAGAGACCAUGUCGGACAUCGAGCAGAAGGCGCAGAAGCAGUGCACCGAGCUCGGGCUAGGAUUCGAUGCGUUCCAGUCGAACCACGAAGGAGCUCUCAUCGACCGCAUCCACGCUGCACGAGCCGAUGGAACGGCGGCCAUCGUCAUCAACGCAGGUGCGUACACACAUACAAGUGUCGCGCUCCGAGAUGCACUGUCGAGCGUGCCGGUGCCAUUCAUCGAGGUCCACAUCUCGAAUGUCCACGCUCGCGAGCCGUUCCGACACCACUCCUACCUCUCGGACGUUGCAAAAGGCGUGAUAGUCGGACUGGGCUCCUUCGGGUAUACGGCGGCGAUCUCGUUCAUUGCCAGCAAGCUGGCAAGGGGUGGCUUUGCUUGA